UGUAGACAUGCUCACGCGGGCCAGACUGCGAAGGGUCUGUUCAGCGUGGAACGCGCUGCUGACCACGCGACCGGCACUGCGUCAGCACGUGACCUUUGACUUCCGGCUGCGUCCAACCAGCGCCAACCUGUCCGACGAUAUGUUCCUCCUGGGCCGCGCGCUCUUCCGCUGCUUGACCGGCGACGUGCAGACGCUGACGCUGCGCCACUGGACGCCGGGGUUGGCGCAGAUCUACAACGGCAACGCGGACCUCGUCGUGCUGGCCUAUAUCCUGCCCUUGGUGGUCAGCGGGCCGGUGCCGCGCCUCGUGCUGCAGCACUGCAUCGUCCAGGAGGAGAUCAGCCUCAACUGGCGCGACCGGCGUGCCAUGUACCCGCGGAGAACAAGUGCCGACAACCCCGUCGGCGUUGCGUUGAGGAGUCCGCUGCACUGGGUGAGCCCAAUGGUGCUCAUGUGUCGCCGGCUGAUUGUCCGCGACUACGUCAUGCAGGACGUCUUCCGCCGGUUCAAGGGAUUUAGCCUGUUUGAUCCGCCGUUCCAGCACACGUACACUUGGCUGAAGGGAGCGCGUGCCGUGGACAUCCGGGUGGCCGACGCCCGUCUGGACGCUACCAGCGACACCGACACCAUUCUGAGUGUGGUCAUUCAGGCGAUGGAGACGGCCGUGGCGCCGACAGUGUCCGCCGCCAUGGACAGCGCCGUAAAGGUCAUGCUGGAGUACUGGCGCUCGCUGCCGGCGGAGGAGGCCCACCGCUACUGGGCGGUGGUCAAGGCGGUACUGGCACUCACUGACCCGCGCAACCCCGCAUGGCAUCUGCCGCCGGAGUUGGACGGUGCGGAACUGGAUCCGGUUGUGGAGUUGGCCGUGCCGGCGGCGGCGAUGCGUCUCAGUCCGUUGACCAUUCUGGCCAUCCACAGCAUCUGCGGGCCAGCCAGUGUCCGUGCCGACGCAGCCCCUGGACCAUAGUUCACUUAUCCCAUAGUCCAUACUGUAAUUUAGUGAGCUUGCA